GCGAAUCUCCACUCACGAUUAGGUAUUCUUUCUAAAUUUGGGCUUCCUUAUGCUAAUCUAAUUAAUCGUCUUGUUAAUAGGAAAUGCUUCCAAAAACGAACAUGGAGUGAUGAUUUCGAGUUUUUGUAUGAACUUGGCACAAAUAUAUACGCGUAUAUCUUCGAAACACAUCCGAAAUCAAAGGAAUUGUUCCCUUUCUUGCUGAAAUACGGCGAUCGAUGGAGGGAAAGUAGAGAGUUUCGAUCACAAGCGCUCAAAUUUGUGCAGGUUCUAUCAAGAACUGUAAAAAAUUUGUAUCACAUGGAGCAAUUACCGCCAAUGUUGUACGCAAUCGGUGAAAGGCAUUGCAUCUAUUCACAUCGUGGUUUUGUGCCAGAACACUGGGAUGUUUUUCUGGAUGCAAUCGAAAUCUCGCUAACUUCACACAUCUCUGCAACACCCGGUUUGGAUGAAGCACAGAAGACUCAAGCGAUCGAAAUAUGGCGAACGCUUUCAGCUUAUGUGAUCGUACACAUGAAGAGGGGAUUUUUGGACGGUCUUCAAAAAGUGAAUUCGAACGGUACUAUGAAAUAUUGA